UCGGAGAAAGUCGUUCUAAUUGCUGCCCAAAUCUAGAGGUCAUGUCUAGGUGUGUCCGGGGAUUCCAGAUUUAUUUUGAAAGUUUUGCCUGGAAGUGCUGUUGGUGUGCUGCGGGUCACUUGACGGCAGCGCGAGCCUCGGGCUUCCAAAUAAGGAAAGUGGCUGUCGCUGCGCGCGGACUCGCGGACAGACGAGGACGCUCCUGGGAGCAGAGCCGGGAGACGGCGGUUCCCCAGACGGACACCAACCUUCGGGGUUUACCUGAGCGCUGAGGGUGCACGUCCACCUGCGCACCGUGCGCACCGCGCGCGGGGACAGCUCCACGUUUGGAUAACAACUUUUUCAGACCGAGGAGAAUUUUGGGGAAUUAAAAAGAAGCAGAAAAAUCAAUUCAACUUAAAAGGAACUAAAACUAAGAGGGCGGUUUCUGUAUGAAGCCGGGAGGAGCAGAAGAAGUUUAUUUUGAGGACGAAGUAGCAGCAGGAGAAUAGAGUCGGGAUUUUCUGGAGCUGCGUUUUACGCACGGGAGGCGCGUAACGGACAUCCAGAGCAGCCGCCGCGCGUUUUUGCUUUUUCAUCCUCCAAUCACAACAUUUAUUUGACUCGACAUGAGGCGACUCUUAUGCGAGUCCACGGAGCGCUGCGUGGACUUGUAGGACUUCCCUUCUUCUCCUGUCGGAAUUGUUCCAAACGGCGCGGACGCAGCUGACACAUCAGAGGACUGAAGGCUCGGUCAAGGACUUUCAUCUAUUACCAGCAGUUGUGUGAUGCUCCGCCCCCUUUGAUGACACGUGUCUACUCACAGCAAACAGACUUCCCUUUCAUCCUGAGGUUGGCACACAUCUGUAGGUCUCCUGCUGGAUCGUGGGAGGAGCAUCGUUCCCCCAUCCCCUUUGUCCUCAUCCUCACUCUUUUUCUUGAGUUUGAAGACUUGAAAGUUGUCCCCUUCAAAGCCACAGGCCAAUAAAGACCUGUCAUCUCCUUUUUUUAACAGUAAAUCAUGGCAAACAUAUUUUUCCUUCCUGGCCAAGCAAGGUGGCCUUUCCCAGUGCUGCUUUUGUACUUUGUCCCUCUUCUUCCAAUGAGGAGUUGGUGCCAGGUCGUCCCCUCUAGUUUAGAUUUUGAUUCCUGCUCCACUUUAAUCCAGAACCGGUUCUUUGGGUAUUUUUUAUCUUCAUCUGUGUUUCCCACUGUGCCUUGCUCAUGGACCCUGCAGAACCCAGAUCCACGUCGCUACACCAUCUUCAUCAAGUUGACCAAGCCCACUAAUGACUGUGUGCCCUCACAACUGCGCACAUUCCAGUACGAUUCCUUCCUGGAGACCACACACACCUACCUCGGCAUGGAAAGCUUUGAUGAAGUGGUGGGUCUGUGUGAUGCCUCCGUGCCAGUGGCCUUCCUUGAGGCGGGAAGGCAGUUUCUGCAGAUCAGGAAGGGACCUCCUCGGGCUGGCAUGCUGGUUCCUCGCGCCAGUGGGGAUUUCAAAACUGAGUACCUUGUAGUUGGCAAGCGCAAUCCAAGCAUGGCAGCCUGUCAAAUGCUGUGCCAGUGGCUUGAAGACUGCUUGGCCUCCAGCACGUCCAACAGGCCUUGUGGCAUCAUGCAGACCCCAUGUUUGUGCUGGGAACCACCACCACUGCUCAGCCAGUCGGACAACUGUUAUCACAACGGGCUCUACCUGGAAAACUGUUUACCCAGCAUCAAAGACAGUGAAAAGGUUGAUCAAAACGGUG